AUGCGGCUCGCGUACAUAAUCGCGUUAACCGCGUGUUUUAUCGCCGCGGCGUGCAUCAAUUCCACAAUUACGGACGAAAAUUACGCGCUCACGUUCGACUACCUGCAGAAAUACGGAUAUCUGUCCAAAGACGUGGACGCGGUUUCGGCUCAGAGACGAAACGACGUUUUUCGCAAAGCCUUCAAGGAUUUUCAGAAUUACUACGAUUUACCCGGCGACGGAACGCCCAACAACGAAACGCUGCAAUUCAUGAGUAAACCGCGAUGCGGUUUCCGAGAUAUCCUGAAGCACGAAACGAAAGCGAGCCUGUCCAAAUGGCCGAAGACGCACCUGACGUGGCAUUUUCACUUAGCCGACGAAACCGAGCUGAACACGGCGCGGGCCGCGUUUGACCUGUGGUCGCAGCAUUCGGCAUUGACGUUCGAACGCUCCGAAACGUCGAAUGCCGACAUUAUAAUAUCUUGGCGACGCUUACUACACUAUAACACGAACACCAAGGUAAACGGAGCAUUUUGCUCGGACAAAUUCGACGGCCCCGGCAACGUGCUCGCCCACGCGUCUCUCCCGACGGACCAAGCGGGGUUCGUUUCCGAGGUGCACGUUGACGGGGACGAGCCGUGGCACAUUUACGUCAACAAACAUCCCGCGGAUAAGUUUUCCCUGCAUUACACGCUGACGCACGAGAUCGGCCACUCCCUCGGAUUGGUGCACAACAAGCGCAAAACAUCGGUGAUGUUCGCGAUACAGCCGGACCAGCAGUAUCCGGUGAAACUCGACCAAAACGACAUCGCCGACAUUCAACGUUUGUACGGUGAAAAAAUUCAGAACGAUCCGCCGCGUCGGACGCCAGCUCCGCCGCCGCCGUCGCCGGACCUGUGCAGCCUCGAUCGCGUGAACGGGAUAUUGAUUUCGGAAAAUCGACGGUAG